UCAUUCGUAAAAUUGUCAGUGUCAAAGUCUCGCUAACUUUGGAGGACGUUGCGGCCGUCAGAGAGUUUUAUAAAUAAUGUGUGCGGUUAUUUUAGUUUCAUUUUAAUAAAUAAGCCUUUUGAAACGAUAUAAUAACACAAACAUUAUAUGAAUUUAUGUGAAUAUUCAAGUUGCGUUGUACUGUGUAACAGGGCUUAUUUGCUGGGUUUAUAUUGCUCGGAAUUCGGUCAGAGAAAGUGGGCACGUAGAAAUUAUUUACUUAAAAGAUGAAUAACAUUAAAUUCCUACGUUUACUGAGUAGAACACGAUCAGUAUGGGCUGGCUACGACAAACAUCCAUGUUUCUUACAACUGUCGACCACGAGAACUAUGCAAACAAGUGUGUCUAUAUCUCAAAUUAUGAAGGAGAAGGAGGUGUUCCAUGAUGUGCUGCCCGGCAUCAUUGAGAACCUGCAAGCCAGCUCCAAGAUAUCUCAACAGCCUGAAGUAGCUGCAUGGAUUAAACAGGUGCUAGAGCAUAAUUUGUCGGGCGGCAAGCAUUCAAGGGGCUUGAUAACGAUGUUAUCGUACGAAAUGCUGGAGAAACCAGAAAACAUCACGGACGAGAAACUCAAGCUGUCUCGAGUGCUCGGGUGGUGCGUCGAAAUGCUUCAAGCGUACUUCAUAGUGGCAGACGAUAUAAUGGACGGCUCGACGACUCGGCGCGGCAUGCCGUGCUGGUACCGGAUGCCGCACGUGGGGCUCGGCGCCAUCAACGACUCCAUACUCAUAUACUGCUCCAUCAUGGAAACGUUGGACACCUACCUCGGGAAGACACCCCACUUCGUCAAUGUUGUUAAGCUUUUUAAUGAGGCGUUAACAUACACCUCAAUAGGCCAACACCUGGACUAUACGACAGCGAACCACAAAAAAGACUACAGUCUUUUCACAGUAGACCGUUACGCGUCUAUCGUGAAGUAUAAGACCAGCUGCUACACGUUCCGGCUGCCCAUACUGCUGGGCAUGUCUCUAGUCGAAGAUAUGGACAAGGCGAUAUAUCCCGAUGUUAAUGAUAUUUGUAUGAAACUCGGUCAUCUGUUUCAAAUGCAGGAUGACUAUAUCGACUGUUAUGGCGACGAGUCCGUAACAGGCAAGGCGGGGACAGAUAUCCAAGAAGGUAAGUGCUCAUGGUUAGCCGUCACAGCAUUGAAACACUGUAACGAAGCACAGAGGGCGCUGUUCGCACAGUACUACGGCAGAAAGGAACCAGAACACGUCACCAUCAUCAAACAACUGUACAACGAGCUUCGACUCCCAGAAAUAUACCGUGAAGAAGAAACACUAGUACAUGAUAAUAUUAUGAGCAAAGUACGGUCGUUACCUUCAGAAACAGCCCCCGUAUUCUUCUAUAAACUCAUAGAUAGGAUUUAUAAAAGAAAACAUUAAUGAGGUUUAUAGAUGGCAGUAUAAUUGUUGGUCCUUGUUUCUGCCAAUAAAAAAAAAGUUGUUUGACAGCUGUCAUUUUGUUAAGAUGUCACGUGGUAGAGGUAUAGUGACGUCACGUCAAACCCUCAAUGUUAUUCAGAUUGUGACUGAAUUUAAUAUUUUAUAAUGUGUUUGUAGAACAAACUUGAUCUUUUUACUACUAAUAUAUUUAUUUUCCUUUCUGGAGAUAGUAGCUAUAUUUCUUUUUAUUUCCCAACAUUACUAUCUUUUUACCAUGCGCAAGCUCAAUUUAUUUUUUAGUAGUGAUAAUAAUUGUAUAUCAUAAUAUUUCGGAUCAAGUUUGCUUUACACUAAAACACAAAUAAACUGUAUUUUCCAUAAGUUUAUAUGUAUACCUAAUAGUUUAGUAUUUUUAAUUAAUAAUUGUCCCGGGUUAAUAUCAUGACAAUAAUGUAAUAAAAUUAUUUUAUUUGUUUUUAAAUUAAUUAAUAAUUUAUUUUACAAGAGCCAGUUAUGGUAAGCGUCCACAGGCCCGCAUCGUACGCAACGGAUUUUAGUUAGCCUUGUAUAGAAAGUCAUACAACUGCGUCCACUAAUCCGCAUCGUACGGACCGCAUCAUCGGCAAUGCCUACAUGCGAUGCGUGCUGAUGACGUCAUACGGAAUGCGUACGAUGCGAGCCUGUGGACGCUUACCUUUACAGUUCAUUACUGGACUACGAGCCUCCUCUACAUAAGAGGGUAUAUAUGAUUGUUUUAUUUUUAAUUUUAGAGGCGGCAAAUUUAGUCUUAAGUCACAAAGUAAUUUGAGUUGUGUACCUAAUAAUAAUAGAGUUUAUUUCUUAGUUGGAAGUUAUUUGUAUAAUAUUCUGCAUAAAUAUUAAAAAGUGAGUCGUAAAUAUCUUAUAAUUUCUUAAUUCGUCGAUAUAUUUUCAUCAAUAGCAGAUGACAGUCCACUGUUGGACUACGGGAGUCCUCUACAUAAGAGGGUUUCCCAUAAUUCUCAUGCAUAGCAGUCGCGUACAGGUUUAUCAGAGAGCGCUGCUGCCCGGUCUCUGUCAAAUGUAUUCUACUUUGCUGUCCCCACGCCGCCACCAAUUAAUUAUUUUACUAUUUAUUUAUUACAGUUACAUAUAGGCGAGAGAUUGACCAAAUGUCGAACCAUACUACGACAUUACAUGUAAAAAAACAUAAACCAAAGAAUUAUACAUUUUAUUUAAAGAAAAUAGAGAAAAAGCACAGACAAACUUUAAGUAAUACAUUCAAUUAUUAGCCUUUGCUGCUAAGUUUAAUUAAAUCUAGGAAGCAUAUUUAAUCUCUUCUGUAUCCUUAGUACGAAUUUGCUUUACGUUUAAAGAAAUCGAAACGAUAACGUGUUCGGCGCUCUGAUUGGCCGGCUCGUAUGAAUCAUCUAAUAAGAGCGUUGAACGCGCUCUCAUUUCAAUCUUGUUAAACGUAAAACAAAUUUGUACUAAGCCCUCUCAAUCGGCUUCGUCUAUACUCUAGAACCGAUUUUGUUAAAAUGUCUGGGGCCUUAAAGAGCCUGUAAGAGGGACGGAGCUAUACAACCUACAUAGCUCCGUCCCUCUUGCACUGCUCAGUGAUCGACCAUUCUGACACAAUUGUAAUAGCAGACUAAGGCCCCAGAUGUGCGUCAUCACCACAGAUGAGACAAAGACUCCAUUUAUUUCAACAAUAAGGAAUAAUAAAAUAACAAUGUUGCAAUUUGUUAGGCUUAUUAUAUUUAGCACACAGUUCAUCUGCACUGACGCUGACACUGCUAAUUAAUUUAUGUUUUACUACAUACUUAAUUACUGAAACAAUAACGGAAUAAGUUUUUGUAAUAUACCGUGAGACACACAAAAUUAACUAUAAAUCACGGUUUACUCUGUCACCGCGUCUGCGCACGCUGCUCAUGAUGAAGAGUCCCUCCGUGACACGAAACUAGAGCUUUUGAGUAAACCGUGAUUUUUAGUUAAUUGAGUUAUAAGUUACCGUUUUUUAAUCGUAAAUAUUUUACAAGAAUAAGAAUUCAUCGCGUUCUAGAAUUUUCUCCUGUGUCGUGGAUGUGAUUCACAAUACAAACACAUAAUUUUACACCGCACUCAGACCCGGAACAACAUUUCUGGAUGACACACAUUUUCCCUGUGGGAGUUGAACCCGCGACACGUUGGGUCGCCCAGCCACUGCGCCUACGUAGUCUUGUAACAACAAUUUGUCAACGCUGACCUAUGACUAUAUGCACAUUAUUUAAAUUUAAACAUAACGCAUAAGUUUGUCUCAUAACCUAAUGAUGUUUACAUUGAAUGACGCAAAUGGAAAUGAAAAAUUAUAUAAAAAAUAUUCCGUGGCUAUAAAAUUUCUUCCAAAUCACAAUGUGCCAAUAUUUCAUAAUUAUAAACGAAACAUUCUAGAAUUCUUUACAUUGAACAUUAAAAAUAUUACCCCUAAGUACCGUAUAGUUUAAAAAUAAUAUUUACAUAAUUUCAAACAUGGUAAUUUUUGUUAUAAUGGAGCCUACCGUAAUUUGCUCACCAGUACCCUUAGUAUGAGUUUGCUUUAAGUUACGUUACGUUACGUAACUAACUAAUCGGAACUAAAGAAAAGUAAACUCAUAAUAAGGGUAUAUAUAUAUAUAUAUAUAUAUAUAUAUAUAUAUAUUCCGGACCUGCGGACAACGUAACAGGUUACCGGGGUCCGGGUAAGCAGGAGUAGGAACGGGGUGGUUUUUAGUCAGUAAGAGUCUGACACUGAGGUGGGAGGCCGCCUCAUUCAAGACGGGAGGACUCACAAAAAAAAAUGGUACAGAUGACCCUAGUGUGAACCUCUCGUUCUUUGUCCAAUAGGGGAUUAGCUAGUGUUACGUCAUUGAAGGAUCGUCUUUACUGUAAAACUGUGUAAAUUAUAAUUGUGUGAAAAUUGUAACCAACAACCAUUUGUAUGAAAAUUAAAAUUCAUGAACCAUGGUGCUUUAGUGUUUAAGAAAUAUUUAAGAGCUGAUUAUUCCAACGCUAGAUAAAUUUAAUCGGAAGAAUAACGUUGAAUAUUUGGCAUUUCUUCCAUACAAAAAUCUGUCAAAUUUCAAUUUUAUUCUACAGGUAUUAAGAACUAUUUCUUUAUUUAAAAAUCAGCCCUAAAUAGGCUAUCCUUCUUAGGAAAAGACAAGAGAUACCUGGAAAGCAAACUGCCUUCCAUAUUAGUUCAUAGUUAAUGGAUGCAAUAUUAAUAAAAAGCAAUAAAUUAAUAUAAACAUUUUAAUAUAAAUCUCUUACAAGACAAAUUAUCUCAUUCAUUAUGCAGUGACCGAUAUAUUUGUGUAUAAAAACCUCGAAUUAUAAUCUGACGUAGAAUAAUUAUGAAUAAUUUUGAUCAUACUUUAGUUGCAAGGCAUAUAAACAGGUUUAAGGGCUUUCUCUCAUAUCAAAUAGUCUUUUUUCGAGUAUUUAGUCAAAGUAUUAUUGGGUAUUUCGACUAUAUCGACACUAAAUUAUGCUACAAAACAAUAUUUAUUACUAUGUAGAACUAUCUUACCUAUACAUGUUAAAGAUGUUAUUUUAAUGAGCUAAUGAGAAAAGUGAUUACAUAUUUUUAUACUUAGAAGAUUCAAUAAAAUUAAUAAUUUGUUUAAGUUUAAUAGAAUGUUAUUUUGGUUUUAAUGUUUUAUUAUAUUUUAGUUAUCAUUAUGUAUGUCUUACUGUUUAAUAAAGUAAUAAUUUUAUGUUCGAGAAUUGUAAUGCCCUUGGUAUCUAUAUAGAGAUGGCCGCUAUUUGUGAAAUGGAACAAAAACGUUUUUUUUUUUUGUUUAAGUAAAUACCAAGUUGAGUAGGUAAUAAAAACUACUUAAACUUAGUUCUAUUCUCAACAAAUUAACAACUUUAAUAUUUAUUUAAAAAUAUAUUUACACCCCUCUAUGUAGAUAUCAAGGAAGAAAAUAAGUACAUAUAUUUAUUGCAUGCAGUCAUUUAUAUUUGAUUCUAAGUACAUGGGAAUUGUAUAAAUAAAUAAUUUUAAUAUCUAAA